CUCCAAAUUUAGAUCUAUGGAAUGUAUUAGGAAAAAAAAAUUGUAGCUAAUUAAUUAACAUUGAGUUCAAACCAAAUGGCAAAAUUUUACUCAAUAAAGGAACAAAUGUAAGAAAUUUUUUUUUUUUGGGAAACAAAUGGUAAGAAAUUUAUUAGCUUACCUUCAAGAACACAAAUCGCUAUCUUUGACGCAGUGAGUGACAGUUGAAAAGCAAAAAAAUUCCCAGAAAAUGCUUUGUGGAGGCGCAAGAGUAGUUUACAGUCGACCUCACAUCGUACCAUAUCCUCCCGGGCGCUCUUCUUCUCCGUUCAGUUCUUCUAUCAGAUUCUUCUCCGCGUCCCAAUCCCGGAGGCCCAUCAAAAUGUCCGCCACCGCCGCCGCCGCUAAUCCCACCCAAAUCAUCGAGCACAUCGUCCUCUUCAAAGUCAAACCUGAUGUUGACCCUUCCAAACCCAUCGCUAUGGCCAACAACCUCACCGGCUUAGCCUCGCUCGACUCCGUCCUCCACAUCUCCGCCGGCCCGCUCCUCCGUUGCCGGUCAUCCUCCCUCACCUUCACCCACAUGCUUCACAGUCGCUACGCCUCCAAAGCCGACCUCGAUGAUUACUCCGCCCACCCUGCCCAUGUUGCUGUCGUCAACGAUUACGUCAAGCCCAUCGUUGACGACGUCAUGGCCGUCGAUUGGGUCAGCUCCGCCGCCUCCGGCUCGGUUACCGUUCCUCCUGGCUCUGCGAUGAGGCUGACGUUCUUGAAAUUGAAGGAAGAGUUGGGGGAGAAGGCGAAAGAUGAAGUGUUGGGGGUACUUGGAGGAAUUAAAGACAAGUUUCCCUCAAUUGAGCAUCUGAGCUUAGGGGAAAACUUCUCUCCAGCCAGGGCCAAAGGAUUCUCAAUCGCCUCCAUUGCGUUUUUUAAGGGUACCGACGAAUUGGAGGGAUUGGAUUCGGAAUCAGAGGCAGCGAACGAACAGAAGGAUUUGGUGAGGGACAAGCUGGAUGGUGUGGUGGUGUUGGAUUACAUCGUUCCAUCCCCGACCGCUAGCCUUUGAUCCUAGUGUAAUGUCUGUUUUCUUCUUGUUGUUACUUGUUGCUGUUGAAUGGCAUAAUAUUAUUAGGCUUCCAAAUUGGGAGCACAAAUAAUGAUUGUAUGAAUUAGUUAAAUUUCUGCUCUUAAAAGCUACGUACUUCACCUUUUUGUUACUGAUUGGUGAUAGUUUUAUAUGGCAUUUGCAAUCUUUUAUUGGAGAAAUGCAUGAUUAGAUAGAUGGUAAUGGAGUUGAGUUGAAUGUCAUUGGAGUUUGUAAAACCUCGCGACUUGCUACUUAGCUGGUUUAGCUUUGUUUUUCUAUAGAAUAGGUGGCAUACUGAUAGGUUUUGAUCUUCUAUCCGAAAAUCCAGUUGGAUUACAGUAUGACCUCCUUUUUUCCAUGUUAUGGAAACAACCUGCUGUCUUUUGUUGGAGCAGAGUAGUGAGAAUUUGUCAUUCUCUCUUUGCACUUUAAGUAGCAGAACAAAUGUCGUUCUAGUAUAUUUGUUGCAGAACAAAUGUCGUUCUAGUUGAUUUCUAACGUUGUCAAAUGUUAGUUAUAUUUAUUGUGGUGUUUUGUCUCCAGUGAUGACAUGUUUUUGAUAUCUUUUCUGCAUUCCCAUAUCAUUUAGCUCUAUUACUGUUGAAUGCCAUAAUGUUAGGCUUCCAAUUGGAAGUACAAAUAAGGAUGGUAUGAAUGGCUUAACCAGAUGUUAUUGGUCUUAAAACUACUUUACCUUUUUGUUACUGAUUGAUGGUAGUUUUUGUGGCAUUUGCAUUCGUCAAAGGGAGAAAUCAUGAUUAUAUGUAAAUGGAAUUGAGUCAAAUAUCAUUGGUUGAACGAAAGAUCAAUUUGUUGGAAUUUCUAUUACCUUGUAUCUUGAUUGUUAGCUGGUUUAUCAUGAUAGGCACAUUACAUGAUUUCACUUGUGUGCUAUAAAAAUUAAAAUAGGUAGAUACUGACAGUUUCUGAUCUUCUGUUGUCUCACUUCUUGGAUUGCUGUAUGACCUGCUUUUUCAUGUUAUGGAGAUAACACGUUGUCUUUUGUUGGAACUUGGAGCGGAGUAGUAAGGAUUUUUUGAUUCUCUUCUUGUUAACUAGCCUACUAGCUUGGCGUUAUAGUUGUUUUUCUAUCGUUGUCGAAUGUUAGAUUUUGUUUUAGUUGUUGUUACCAGUAGGGAAAUUUAAUUUAUUUAUUUAUUUUUUUUUUUCCUAUCCAGUAGGGAUAUGUUUUUAAUACCUCUUCUGGGUUCCAUUUCAUUUAGCUCUAUUGGUGUUUGAACUUUGAGUCAAG